AUGGCUGAGAGCUUCGAGACGUUCUGUGGACAUUCUGCUAUUUUCAAUGAGAGUCUACUAAUAGACAACUGGUGGCCAGAAUUCACGCCAUGUUUCCAGAACACUCUCCUUGUCUGGGUACCCUGUGGGUGGCUGUGGUUGACCUUGCCCAUCUAUCUCGGCUACAUGUGCAAGGACAAGGACUCCAGACCUCUUCCCGUCAACAUGCUGAACACAUCAAAGAUGUUUUUCAGCAUCUUUCUGAGUUUCAUCUGCAUCAUGGAUGUCAUGAAGGUCGUGACUGAUGGAGAGAAGGAGGAUGUCGUCACGGCGUUUUACGUCGCCAAGGGCUUGCAAGCCGUUACAUUUCUGCUGGCGGCCAUUUUGGUUCAGCUGGAACGCAAGCGUGGUUUCAUCACAUCCGGAGUUCAGUUCAUCUUUUGGUUGAUGACAUCACUGGCAGGAGUGGUGCCAGUCUACAGUAAGAUAAUACAACAGGAGUACAGCGACCAUCUGUUCCGGUUCAUCCUGUUCUACGUGUUCUAUGGGCUAGUUCUGGGGUCGCUGCUCCUUCACUGUUUUGCUGACAAUCGUAAACGACAGGAGGGCUACAAUAAAAAGAAGGUUGCGUCUCCUGAGACGAGGGCAUCCUUCCUGAGCAGACUGAGUUUCACAUGGAUCAACCCGUUGCUGUUCAAAGGGUAUCGCAAGUCGCUGGAGGUGGAUGAUCUAUUUGAUCUCCACCCGAGGGACAAAAGUGAGAAGGUUCUGCCCCACUUCUGGAAGGCGUGGAUGGAAGAAGUGAGCUAUACACAGAGAAAGAACCUGGAAAGAUCAGAGAAAACCACGUCAGCUAUAACUCCCAGCAUGGUGCAGUAUGUCCCCACGGAGAACGGUGGCGUCUACUUCAAGAACAGUGGCAUGAAUACAACCCAUCAGGAACAACCGUCCUUUUUCAAAGUCUUGUUGAAGACGUAUGGGCCAACCCUCGCUCUUUCCCAUGUGUUGAAACUAGUAUUUGACCUGCUGUCAUUUGUCAAUCCAAUGCUUACAGAUGCCUUGAUUGCCUUCAUCGACAACCGAGCCAACGAGCAGGAGUGGAAGGGCUACGUGUACGCCUGCUCCUUCUUCCUGGUGGCUGUCAUUCAGUCCUGUUUCAAUCACCAGCACUUCCACAUCAGCCUGAACCUAGGGAUGAGGAUCAAGUCCGCCGUCAUAUCAACUGUCUACAAGAAGGCUCUGACUAUCAGCAGCGAUGCCCGGAAGGAAUCCACGGUGGGGGAGAUCGUCAACCUGAUGUCCGUGGACUGCCAGCGUCUCCAGGACGUCACUGGCUUCUUGCAUGUCGUCUGGUCGUCACCGCUCAUAAUCGGCAUUGCCUUGUACAUGUUAUGGGGCAUUCUAGGGAUCUCGGUAGUGGCAGGACUUGGGGUGAUGUUACUGCUCUUCCCGAUCAAUGGCAUCUUGUCCAGUAAGCUGCGGAAGUUCCAGCUCCAGCAGAUGAAGUUGAAGGAUGCCAGGAUUAGACUGAUGAGUGAAGUCCUCAACGGCAUCAAGGUCCUGAAGCUGUACGCCUGGGAGCUGUCCUUCCAGGAGAAGGUGCUCGUCAUCCGACGCCAGGAACUGGCCUUGCUCAAGAAAAUCGCCUACUACAACGCUGUCAUGUCUUUCUUCUGGAGAUCUGCCCCAUACCUGGUGACCCUGGCGACAUUUUCUGCCUACAUCUUGUCCUCCGCUGACAACGUCCUGGACGCACAGAAAGCCUUUGUGUCGCUGUCCCUCUUCAACCUUCUCCGUAUGCCCAUGAUCACACUGCCUAUGAUAGUCCCAUUGUUGAUACAGGGCUGGGUGUCCGUCACCCGUGUGUCCAAGUUUCUCCGGACCAAGGAUCUGGAUGACUCCAACGUCCAGCAGGAUCCACACAGUGACGCGGCUAUAAAGAUUGAGCGUGGGAAUUUCACUUGGGACAAGGAGCUGCCCAAACCUACACUGAGGAAAAUUGACCUGAAGAUCCCUGAGGGUAAGCUGGUGGCAGUGGUGGGCCAGGUGGGGGCGGGGAAGUCCUCCCUCAUCUCCGCAAUGCUGGGGGAGAUGGAGAAACUCGCCGGCAGCGUCACAGUCAAGAGCUCCGUUGCAUACGUGCCCCAGGAGGCAUGGAUCCAGAAUGCCACUCUGAGAGCCAACAUCACAUUUGGGCAGGUUGACAGUGAGAAGAAGUACAAGCAGGUUAUUGAAGCCUGUGCCUUGACCUCUGACCUGGAGAUAUUACCUGGGAAAGAUAUGACAGAAAUAGGGGAGAAAGGCAUCAACCUCAGUGGGGGACAGAAGCAGCGUGUGUCUCUGGCUCGGGCCGUCUACAGUGACGCUGACAUCUACCUCCUGGACGACCCGCUGAGCGCCGUAGACUCACACGUCGGGAAGCACAUCUUCCAGGAAGUGGUCGGCCAGAAAGGCAUUCUCAGACACAAGACUCGCCUGUUGGUGACCCAUGGCGUCCACUGGCUGCCGAUGACAGACAUGAUCGUGGUGCUGGUGGACGGUGAGAUCACGGAGAUGGGGACAUACGACGAGCUCCUGAGUCACGACGGAGCCUUCGCCCAGUUCCUGAAGACCUACCUCACACAGGAGGACGACACCGAGCAGGAAGACGACCCUGAGAUUCAAGAAAUGAAGUCGAAGAUCCUUCAGAGGCUGGAAUCUGUUACGGACGGAUCGAUGUCAGGAGAUGAUAUCCAAAGCAAACGCAAGUUGAACCGGGAGAUAUCAUUUGUGGAUGACUCCAGCAAGAAGUUGGCGGUGCCGGACAAGGCAGGAGGCAAGCUCAUCCAGGAGGAGAAGGCACAGAGAGGCAGGGUGAAGUUCUCCGUCUUUGGGGACUACGCCAAAGCCAUCGGUGUCUGCAGCACAUUCUUCAUCUUCUUCACAUUUGCCAUGUACCAGGCGGCCACCAUGGCGUCCAACAUCUGGAUCAGUGUGUGGACAGACGACGGUCUCCUGAAGAACAUGAGUUUGGUCAACACUUCGGACUAUCAGAACAAAAACACCAUGUAUCUUGGUGUCUUCGGGGGUUUCGGUUGUGUGCAGGCUGUUAUGAUUCUAUUCUACUCCAUCCUGGCCGCCGUGAAAAUGGUUCGGGCAGCUGGAAGGAUGCACGCCAACAUGCUGUCCAGGAUUCUCAGAUCUCCGAUGUCCUUCUACGACACCACCCCUAUCGGCCGGAUCGUGAACCGCUUCUCUCGGGACGUGGAAACUGUGGACAACACCCUGCCCGCUCUUAUCAGGAUUUGGAUCAACUGUGUGUUCAAUGUCAUGGGCACGCUCAUCGUCAUCAGCUACAGCACCCCCAUUUUCUUGUCCGUGAUCAUCCCUCUCGCGAUAUUCUACUUUCUGGUGCAGAGAUUUUACAUACAGACAUCUCGUCAACUGAAGCGUCUGGAAUCUACUACAAGGUCUCCCAUCUAUUCUCAUUUUGGAGAGACAAUCACGGGCGCCCCAUCUAUCCGGGCGUACAAGGUCAACGACAGAUUCAUCAGGGAAUCCUCCGAAAGAGUGGACAAGAACUUGACCUUCUUCUCUGCUGGACUGGCAUCUAACAGGUGGCUUGCAGUGCGCCUGGAGUUACUUGGCAACUCAAUAGUUCUGUUUGCAGCUCUUUUCUCCGUUAUUACAACAGAUCUACCCAGUGGAAUUGUAGGUCUGUCUGUCUCGUACGCUCUGCAGAUUACCCAGUCUCUAAGCUGGAUGGUUCGGAUGACCUCUGACAUCGAGGCCAACAUCGUGUCUGUGGAGAGGAUGAAGGAAUAUUCAGAGAUAUCAACAGAGGCUGAGUGGAGCGACCUCUCGCGGCAACCCUCAGCGUCAUGGCCAGAAGAGGGCAAGGUGAAGUUUGAUGACUACAUGACCCGAUACAGACCUGGCCUUGACCUUGUGUUGAAGGGCAUCUCGUGUGACAUCAGAGGAGGGGAGAAGAUCGGUAUCGUGGGCAGAACCGGUGCUGGGAAGUCGUCUCUCACUGUGGCGCUGUUCCGGCUGAUUGAAGCUGCUGGUGGUCGGAUCGUUGUCGACGGUAGAGCUAUUGAUGAUAUGGGUCUGCAUGACCUAAGGUCAAAGCUCACUAUACUGCCCCAGGACCCAGUCAUCUUCUCUGGUACCCUGAGGAUGAACCUUGACCCCUUCAACAGCCACAGCGAUGAGGAUCUGUGGCAUGCGCUGGAGCACGCUCACCUGAAGACGUUUGUGACGGAGCUCCCUAGUCAGCUGGAGUACGAGUGUGGAGAAGGUGGAUUGAACCUCAGUGUUGGGCAGAGGCAGCUGGUGUGUCUAGCUCGGACGCUGCUCAGGAAAACCAAGAUCCUGGUCCUGGACGAAGCUACAGCAGCGGUUGACAUGGAAACCGAUGAUCUGAUCCAGAAUACCAUCAAGACGGAGUUCAGGGACUCGACUGUGAUCACAAUAGCUCAUCGACUCAACACCAUUAUGGACUACGACAGGAUCCUGGUGCUGGACCAAGGUCUCAUCAAGGAGUUCGACUCCCCGGCGUCCCUCCUGGCAGAUAAACACAGCGUCUUCUAUGGAAUGGCCAAGGAUGCAAACCUGGUCUAGAUGUCGCCCUUGUGGAACAGAUGUCAUUAUCGUUCACAUCAGCCUCAUGAUAUCUCUGGUCCAUCUGUGGAUCUGGAUCUGACAUCUUUAGGCGUCUAUGGACAUGGGUUUUUUUUGUUUAGAUCCUGUAAUACAGUUUUGUUUCGUCUACGGAUAUCUUUGACCCGUCUUUGGGCAGCGAUGAUCCAUCUGUUAAUAUCUUCGACCUAGUAUGGACCACAUUGUCAUCUUUAUGAAUAUUUAAUCAGUAUCUGGAAAUCUUUGAAUAACCCGUGGGAGUCAAUAAAUCACAUGCACAUAUUUAUGCCAUCACUCAUGAUUGCAAAAUCACUUCUGGUUAUUGUAGGUCCACAGCCUAAGUAUUCUUCGUUUAAAUGUUUGGCAAAGAUAUGGAGAUUUAUUCAGAUAAUUAGCCCGUUUGCCACAUCUGUGGCAAUAUUACAAAUCUAUCAUUGUUGUUAUUGGAACAGUAGUUGUAGGCGUGGCGACCGUCACUCGCCAUGCAAUGUAUGUGGCAGUAUGGAAUAUGUAAGUAGAGCGGAAAACACCUACACCUUAAAGUUUUAGUAUUUUAAUAGAAAGUGAAAAGUC